AUGCAUCCGGACAAGGAAGACAACUGCAUUAUAGAUAAAAACAGGAUCGACAGUGUGAACAAAUAUAUUUACACGAAAUUCCCCACAUUUGACCUUCACAAAAAGGUAAAGAAGUACAACAACAAGAUAUCCGAAUUGAUGAUAGAAAAUGAAAAGUUAAAAAAGUAUAGAAGUAAUUUGGAGAAAAGAAUCAUAAAAGGUAACGAAAAUUUUGAAGUCAAUUUUAUGAAGUAUGAGAUAGCCAUUUCGAAUGCCUUACGUAUUGGCUAUUCAUGCAUAUUCCUAUGCAACGCAUUGAAUAAAAUUAUAGACAGAUAUAAGAUAACCGUCUUGAGGGAGCUACUCAGAAGAAGAGAUCAAUUCAAAAACAAUCUCAUCAAAUCUUACAUUAAUAAGAACUCGUACGAUAAGCUAUUCAUAAACAAUAUGGUUAUGAAGAUAGAGGGGUUGUAUGAAAAGAACAGACAUUUUGUCACGACUGUUUUGGUAAUCUUGGUGAAGAAUAAGUUGAGAGACAUUUUCAACUUAUUCGUCUACAAUGUUUUGGGGAUUCCCACUGCGGGUGUCGAUACCUUCAACGGUUUGUCCUCAGGAAGGGAAAAUUCCAACGGUGUAACAUCCUCCAGAAGGGGGAAUGGGCGUUAUGUGGACCUGACAACGGAUGAAAGAAUUCAGUACACAUCCGGGUUUAUAAAAUUAAUGGACGUUUUAAAAAGUAAAGUCUACAGAACAGUUAGAGUUUUCUUCAUGAGUCUGAAUAGGCAUAAUGAUGAGUACGAUUUGUAUGCACGUGGUGUGUGGAAGUCCGUCCAACAUAGCAAAGGGGAGAGAAUCCAGUUUGCCACGAACAGUGGAGACACAAAAGAAGGUGCAAUCAGAAAUUGCGUAAGAGACAAGGGUAACAGUCGAAAUGAUAGACUAUUCAAGAGUUAUGACUCCUUGGUGGGCCAAAAAUUAAUUCCCAAAGGGGACACCCAGGAUGAUGGAUCUAACUUAGAAUGUGACCGCUCAAGCAUUAGCAGCUACUUUCCCCAUCCCAGUGACGUCUACAAUUAUCUGUACUACCAGGAACUGCUAAACAUUAAGAACAAGUUAUCAGCCAGGGUUAUGGAUGAUGAAAAUCGCGAUCUGAUAAACUAUAUCAAAUUUAUGGAGACAAAAGGCGAAGUAUAUUGUUUGAGGGGAAAUGGGAAGGACAGGGGUUCAUCGGUUGGGAAUACAACCAACCGGAGCAGCGUUAUAGGGAACAACUCUACACAAAGUUGGUUACCCCAGAGUGAUAACCGCCCACACAGGAGGCCAAACGAAAUAGGUGGCCGAUUCUUUGACCAAGUGGUCACGGUGGCAAAUAAUACCAACAUGGGCUUUCACGAAACGGGGGGUGGCGAUGGCCACAGGGGGAAAGUUGUAAGUUUUUCCUUAUCAGAUGAAGGGGAUAAUCCAAAUGUAGAUAACAAUUUUUAUGAGCAAAAAAGAAGAGAGGGAUUUAAUCUAAGGGGGAAGGUAAAUUACACCGGCUCAGAAGGUUUGCGCAGAUAUGGGGUUAAUGGGGAGGAAGAAAAUAUUCUGAACGGGUCAGAUGAAAAUGAAGGCGGGGUUCAAUUCAUGGCCCCCGGGCAGGGGUACUCCCCGCCGCUGGGGGAGGUAGAAGUCGACGGCGAGUAUUGCGCCGUAGAUGGGAAUUACACAGGCGACGGAAACAUCAAAGCAAUGGUCUCGUUCAACGACAUGGAAAACAAUUUCAGGAGUAUAAUGCCGCAGCUCAGUGAGGGGAAUGAGGAUGCCCCGGAGGAUGAGGCGUAUGAGAGCAAUCGAAAUUUGUGUGAGCAAACCAUUGUUAACAUAACGGAUAAGUUAAGUAGAAUCCAUGACAAGAAUUUUCGAUGGCUUGUAGGUGAGGGCCCACCGGAUGUGCUCAAAGUCAACCCCAUGGGUCAGUACUCCUUCGGAGAGGACGAGGGGUAUGGUUAUGGAGGUGGGGCGCGUCGCGAAAAAUAUUGUGCGCCAUUAAGAAGUGAAGAACGUGCAGCAGCGUUGGCGAAGCAUUUGUGA